CGUCCUCUUUGUGCGGAAUGUAACAUUCUAAAUUCAGUGGCUAAUUUCAUACUGUUAACGAUAAUUUAAAGUGAUUUCACGUGAAGUCUGAAAAAGAAAGAAUGUCCCUUUCAACUGCACGUUCAUUCUUGUCGGAGGCUGGUUAUGGGGAACAAGAACUGGACGCUAAUUCAGCUCUCAUGGAGUUAGACAAAGGUUUGCGGUCUGGGAAGCUUGGAGAACAAUGUGAAGCUGUGGUCCUCUUCCCCAAACUCUUCCAGAAGUACCCUUUCCCCAUCCUCAUAAACUCUGCCUUCCUGAAACUGGCGGACAUCUUCAGGCUUGGAAACAACUUUCUACGACUCUGCGUGUUGAAGGUGACUCAACAGAGCGAGAAACACCUUGAGAAGAUUCUCAAUGUGGACGAGUUUGUCAAGCGAGUGUUUUCUGUCAUCCACAGUAAUGACCCUGUUGCCAGAGCAAUUACUCUCAGGAUGCUGGGGAGUUUGGCCACCAUCAUCCCUGAAAGGAAGAACGCCCAUCACAGUGUUCACCAAAGUCUCGACUCUCACGACAACGUUGAAGUUGAGGCAGCCAUCUUUGCUUCGGCUUGCUUCUCUGCACAGUCAAAAGACUUUGCAGCUGGGAUUUGCAACAAAAUCAGCGAAAUGAUUCAAGGUCUGGACACCCCAGUGGAGCUCAAGCUGAAGCUCAUCCCCAUUCUGCAGCACAUGCACCACAACGCCGGCCUGGCGUCCAGCAGCCGAGACCUGCUGCAGCAGCUGGUGGCCUCCUACCCUUCCACCCCCAUGGUCAUCGUGACCCUGCACACCUUCACCCAGCUGGCCGCCUCCUCGCUCAUCGACAUCCCCAAACAGUUACAGCUGCUUCUCCAGUACCUGAAGGAUGAUCCCAGGAAAGCAGUCAAGAGACUGGCCAUUCAGGACCUGAAACUCCUGGCUAAAAAGGCCCCCCAUCUCUGGAACAGAGAGAACACUCAGACCAUGUGCGAGUGUGCCUUGAGUAGCCCUUACACCGGCCUCAAACUGGGGAUGCUGUCCGUGCUCGCCACCCUCUCUGGAACCAUUGCCAUGAAGCAGUACUUCAGCCCUGGAGGAGGUGGUCCCUCUGCCCCGCCGCGGCUCACUGACCUGGUUAAACUUGCUCAGGAAUGCAGUUACCACAGCAACCUGGCCGUCGCUGCCCACGGAGUCACAGUGCUUGCCAACAUUGCUAUCUCCUGUCCGGAGAAAGACAUGAAGCAGCUUGAGCAGGACACGGUGAUGGGGGUGGAGUCUCUUCUGGUACUCUGCAGUCAGGACGACGGGCCCAGGGCUCAGGCCACGCUCAAGACUGCUCUCACCUCACUGGUCCGGUUACUGAAGAGCCGCCCCCACCUCAGCCAAUCAGUUGUGGAGUUCCUGCUUUGCCAGCUUCGUUCAGCCCGUGACCCCUCCCGUGUGCUGAUGUGCCACGCCCUUGCGGCCAUUGCCACCCAGCUGCCCGUGCUGGGAGAGGGCAUGUUGGGCGACCUGGUGGACCUCUAUCGGGUGGCCAGCCACUCGUCAACUGACAAGCAGCAGGAGCUUCUGGUUUCCCUGGCGACUGUGGUGUUUGUGGCCAGCCAGUCUUCCCUGACAGCGGAGGUUAAGACCGUGAUCAAGCAGCAGUUGGAGAACGUGGCCAAUGGCUGGACUGUCUACCGUAUUGCCCGGCAGGCCUCGCGAAUGGGCUGCCACGAGUUCUCCAGUGAGUUGUACCAGAGUCUCCGGACGCGCGUGGCCUCUGAGCACUUCUACUUCUGGCUGAACAGUCUGAAGGAGUUCUCCCAGGCGGAGCAGUGCCUGAGCGGCCUGAACGAUGGAGACUACAGUGUCGCCAUGACAGCCAUAGCCGAGGCCCUGCGUUCGUACCAGAAGGGCAUCGCCUCCCUCACGGCUGCCAGCACACCCCUGAGCCCGCUGGCGUUCCAGUGCGACUUUGUGAAGAUGCGCAUCGACACGCUGCAAGCUCUUUCACAGCUCAUCUGCACCUGCAGCAGCUUGAAGACCAGCCCUCCUCCCGCCAUCGCCACCACCAUCGCCCUCACCUCCGGCAACGAGCUGCAGCGCUGCGGGCGAAUCGCCAUGCAGAUGAGAGUGUCCAUGGAUGAGUUCCGGAGCCUUGCAGCCCGCUACGCUGCCCUGUACCAGUCGUCCUUCGACGCAGAUUCGGCCACCCUCCGCAACGUGGAGCUGCAACAACAAAGCUGCUUGCUGGUCUCCCAUGUCAUUGAGGCUCUGAUACUCGACCCACAUUCAGCCAGUUUCCAGGACUAUGGGACAUUGGGGUCGGUACAGAUGGAGAGCGAGUACGAGAGGCGAAUGAUGUCUGUGUUCAACCGCGUCCUGGAGGAGGUGGAGGGCUUGAGCAGGAAACACCCUCCUGUCUCCUACCUGCACACUGGCUGUCUGUGUGAUGCGGUCAUAGCUCUGCUCAAGGUCCCACUGUCUUUCCAAAGGUACUUCUUCCAGAAGCUUCAGUCAACAAGUAUUAAGCUUGCUCUCUCCCCUUCUCCUCGGACCCCGACUGAGCCAAUCCCGGUGCAGAGCAACCAGCAGCUGACUCUGAAGGUGGAGGGCGUGGUCCAGCACGGCUCCACCCCCGGACUGUUCCGCAAGAUUCAGUCCGUCUGCCUCAACGUCAGCUCCGCGCUUCAGAGCAAGACUGGCGGGCCAGAAUACAAGGUACCACUAGACGGCAAGACCAAUGACAUCGAGCAGCGGGUGGAACCCCAUAACGACUACUUCAGCACCCAGUUCCUGCUCAACUUCUCCGUCCUGGGCAGCCACACGGUCAACGUGGAGGCGUCUGUGGUGGACGAGAGCGGUGUCGAGUGGAAGACUGGGCCCAAGACCACGGUAUCAGUGAAGUCCCUGGAGGACCCAUAUUCGCAGCAGCUCCGCCACCAACAGAUGCAGCAGGCACAGCAGGCUAGGCCCGACCCAGCCCCGGCCCCCCAGAGGAGCAAUGUAUAUGCCCGUUUCCAGUGAUGGCAUUCCUUGGGUAACUCCCCUGUAGCCUUGGCCCAAAGGUCUUUGUUUCCUGUACUUUGUCAGCUGAUACCUGAAGAGACUGUCUCCUGGAGCAAUACAGGCAAUGCUUGGGUGAGCUUUUAGCUACCUCUCACUGCUUGUAUAUUUUUUAGGUUACUGGUUGCUAGGGAAUGGAUGUGAAGUUAUUCAACUGUUUUUACUUUUUUUCACUCGAAACGCCAGGAUUGUCUGCUUGUGGAAUUCCACAUUACUGUGUAUUAAUAUUCUGUACAUUGUUUAGGUUAUUAAAGACCAUUUUUCAUUUAAGUAAUGUGAA